AUGCACCGAAGAUAUUUAUCAUCAUCAUCAUCCAUUCUCUCUCAUUUCAAUUCUCUGAACAAACUCCAAUCAAGUCCAUCCCACCAUUUAGGUCACUCAAGAACCCUAACAACAGCAGACACAACCCCAGAUCAUUCAUAUGCAGACAUACCAAAACCUCCCAAGAGCAAGUCCGAGAGAAAACCCUACCCAACACCCAUGAAAAUUCUGGUUCAAAGAGCCAAACAAGAAAAAGAAGCAAGAAAGGCACAACCAUGUAAAUUACUGGAAGACCCCCCGGACAAUGGCCUACUUGUUCCAGAACUCGUUAGUGUAGCCCAUCAAGUUUAUCAAGCUAGAGAAUCGAUAUUACUCGGUUUAUCAAAGCUUUUCAAUGUCAUUCCAGUUCUUCGAUGCAGGCAUUGUUUUGAGGUUCACAUCGGUCAGAUCGGGCAUGAGAUCAGGACAUGUAGCGGUCCAAAAAGCGGUCUUCGAAAUGCUACCCACGUGUGGCGAAAAGGAAGGGUACACGACGUAAUUUAUUUUCCAAAAUGUUUCCAUCUUUAUGACCGUGUUGGGAAGCCAAGAGUUAUACAUAAUGAAAGCCGCUCCUUUAAACAACUUCCCGCCAUUGUUGAGCUCUGCAUACAAGCCGGAUUGAAUCUUGAAAACUACCCCACAAAAAGAAGAACAAGACCCGUGUAUAGCAUCGAAGGUCGGAUUGUAGAUUUUGAGGAUACCCAAGUUGAUUCUAGUUUGGAUCUUUCUUUGAACAGUGACAUGCAACCCAAGGGCGAUUUAGGGAUUUGUGAUUUGAAUACGAGGGAAGUAAGUAGCAUGGUGUUGGAUUCAUGGUUUGAGAUGAUAUCAGGGGCGAAGAAGAUGAUGGAGAGAUAUAAAGUGCAUACGUGUGGGUAUUGUCCCGAGGUUCAGGUGGGUCCCAAGGGGCAUAAAGUUAGGAUGUGUAAGGCGUCAAAACAUCAGUCUCGAAAUGGUAUGCACGCGUGGCAGGAAGCGACGGUUUUUGAUCUGGUGGGACCGAACUACGUGUGGCAUGUUGCUGACGUGGCGGCGGGGGGUCCACUUUGUAAUGAUUUGAAGAGGUUUUAUGGGAAGGCUCCUGCGGUUGUUGAGAUGUGUGUGCAAGCGGGGGCACGGGUCCCGGAUGAGUAUAGGAGUAUGAUGAGAUUAGAUGUUGUUCCUCCGUGUCGUGAUGAAUUGGAUCUUGUUACAUGAUGAAUUCGAUUUAAACUGGUUUUACUUUGGAAUAGGGAGUUGAUAUUUGAUGUACUACUAGUUUUUAUGUCAGAUUAGAUUGGUAGAU